UCGCAGCAAAGGUGACAAAGGUUUUCACGUGAAUUUUCUUUUGGUAGAAAAAAACACACACAAAAGAAAACAAUGGAACUCUCAGAUAUAUAGAUCGAUCCAGCAACAAGCAGAGCGUUAGGCGAUGGAGCUUGUGUAACCACAACAAAAGGCAAACGUAUAGUCCAUAAAUUUCACAGAGUUAACGACACCAAACUUCUCUCCAGCUGGUUUACGACUGGCCACAAGAACGAUUGUCCACUACACACGCUCGGCGCUAUAAAUUUGGGAUCUCUCGACAAAGAGAGAGUGGCACAUAGUACUACUAAUCUUGUCUGGUAACUUUCUUGCGCGUCAAGUGGUACUUCCAUACAUCGCAAAGAACAAGAUCGAAGAAUUUCUUCUCCGAGGAGCGAGUAUCUUAUAGUUUUUGCUGGCAUGGGAACUAGCAGCGCACAAAAUUCGAUGCUCCAGUCUCGCCUAGCUUUAGCUGCUCUUCUUCUUCUUCUUCUUGUCCAGAGCUCUUACAGCGCGUUUGAAUUGACACCGGACGUUCCACCGAUCCAACACCACCAUCGCAAGGCCGGGGACGGGCAACUUUGGGUGGGAAUUACGAUCGUUUCCAGCGCUUUGGCCUCGGCAACUGGAGGCGUAUGCUUGGAUGGGAGUGCUCCUGCCUAUCAUCUCCUCAAAGGCUCUGGAAGUGGCGCGAAAAGCUGGCAUUUACAUCUAGAGGGUGGAGCUUGGUGCGAAUCGAUCGAGAAGUGCGUCGAGAGGGCAUCUACGAAUCUGGGAAGCUCCAGCAAGAUGGAGACCUCAAUCCCUUUCACGGGCCUUCUCAAUAACAAUUACAACGUCAACCCAGACUUCUAUAACUGGAAUCACGUCUACGUAAGAUACUGCGAUGGAUCAUCGUUCAACAGUGACGUAGCAAAUCCUUACAAGACUUCUUCUGGUCAGACGCUGUAUUUCAGAGGAAGAAAAGCUUUUAAAGCGAUCAUAGAUGAUCUCAAGUCUCAAGGUCUUGGCAAUGCAGACCAGGCAUUUCUCACUGGAUGCUCGGCCGGAGGACUGUCAACGAUUCACCGUUGCAAUGACUUUCAGUACUAUCUCCCUGGGAUCAAAGUCAAGUGCUUGAGCGAUGGUGGCUUCUUUCUCAACGCACCGGAUACCAGCGGCAACUAUGCACUGUAUAGUUUUUAUAAUGGAGUUGUCAACACACACAGCUUGAAAGAUACACUGCCUAGCUCUUGCAUCUCAUCAAAAGAUGCAACCCAGUGCUUUUUUCCACAAAACAUGCAAAACUACGUUGGACCGCCCUUGUUCUUCGUCAACGGUGCCUACGACUUUUGGCAGCUAGAGAAUGUCAAGAGAUUGUCGAGAGAUCAAUACAGCUCCUGUGUGGAUCACUCGGCGUGCCCAAACGUAAAUGUUCUGCAAGGGUUCAGGCAAAGCAUGCUCGACGCGCUCUCCGUCUCGCGCUCCCGGGGAUCGUCGGGGAUGUUCAUCGAUUCCUGCUUCAGUCACUGCCAAGUUCAAGGGGAUGACAAGUGGAACAAUCCCAAAGUCAAUGGCCUGUCAACUGCAAAAACUGUGGGUGAUUGGUACUUUGGCCGUUCGUCGUCGUCCAUACACAUCGACUGUGCAUACCCUUGCAAUCCAACUUGUGUCACAAGGCUCGAUUGAAAGAAAGAAACUGCAAAAGAAAUAAACUCCUCUUACAAACCCCAAGAGAAAAGAGAUAACAUAUCGAAAGCUUUAUUCAUGGAUGUAUAAAUGAAAAGUGAUACUUCCUCUUA